AAAAUGCAACCCAAGAAGACGAAAAUAAUGAAUCUGAACCUGAGAGUCCAGAUGAUGAUGAUCUUAAUAUAACCAUAGAAGAGCUUGAUGAUAACGCAGAGGAGAAAUCUAUUAGUAAGCUUUUUUCAAGGGUUUUUGUUAAUGAUUCAUUGUGUUGUGCGUCAAAAAUUGAAAAACCAUACUACUCUGCUGAGAUCUACCCAAAUAUUUGCUUUGAAUGUGGAAGCCAAGAGGUUUCUAAACUGGCAAAAAAUGAAUACCCGUAUUGUAAUGACUGCGGUGGUAAUUCUGGUAGUUCUAAUUUAAAAAAGAAUUCAAGACAGAGUAAAAGUAGUAAAAAUAAGCGAAAGCGUAGUUAA